AUGAAGUUUUUCGAAAACAAUUUCACCUACGAUUACUCCUUCCCCGCCGUCUCCCUUGCCUAUUUCCUCCGCUAUCCCAAUCCUUAUUCACAACAUGUCCUCACAACCGAUGUCAUUGACAGAUACGUCGACCCCAAGACUCAGCGUCUUCACACAAUCCGGCUACACCUAAAAAAGUCCAAGGUCCCAUCUGGAAUUCUAAAGCUUCUGCCAAAAGGCAUGGGUGGCUCAGACAGUUCCGGUCAGAGCUAUAUUCUUGAAAGGACCACUGUUGAUGCCAGGGAGGGGUGGAUGGAGACUGAGUCCCGCAACAUGGAGUGGACGGGCAUCCUGAGCGUGGUUGAGAAGCAAUGCUACAAGCGGCUCCAAUCCGAGGAGCAUCGGCUGGCUUUAGAUGGUCUCGCCGUCGACAAAAGUUCCGAGCAGACUAGUGUCAAGACUACGGUCACCUUCCGCUCCCGACUCGGACAGGGCAAGCUGCUUGGAAAGAAGAAGCAUGACACUGGCGACCACGAAGAUGAUGAGCCUCGCAAAGGAUUCUUCUCAUCCCUUUCCACUGCCGGUAUCCAGCGGACCAUUGAGCUCAUCGGUGUGAGUCGGACUAAGGAGGCUGUAUUGAAGAGCAAGCAGGGCAUGAACAUUGUCCUUGAGCGCCUGCGCAGUGGUGGUGUUGUCGGUGUCCUCGAAGGCAUGCGCCAAGACCGAGAGGCAGCUUUCGGACCUGACGGCACGUGGAAGCGUGUCUGGCUGCACGGCAAGGACCGUUCUAUUGAAAACGACAAGUCGUGA